AUGACGACCGGCCGGACAGACACAGACGCCGGUAAUGGGAUCGCAGGGCAGGCCGAGGGCGCAUCUGCAGAGCUCGUGGCAUCCUGCGCCCCAGAAGCCCUGUUGGACGAGGUGGUACAGGAGCGAGUUGAGGGUGGAGUGUGGUUGGGAGAGGAAGGAAGGUUGGCGGAGAAAAGGAGAGAGGAGGGAGAGACGGGUGAGAGAACAUGUGAGUCAGAGAUGGGCAAGAUGGCGGCUGCUGUCGUUGGAAGAAGCAGUCGAGAAGGCAAUCACAGAACAGCAAUCGAGUCAAAGAAGCACGAGUCUGCAGAUGCUGAUCGACAAUCUGUGACGACUGAGAAAAUGCGACAGACAAGGCAGAACUAA